AGAGAGCAAAGGGGAAGGAAGGAGAGAAUACAGAGGGCUUACUGUGAGAGGAAAGAAAGAGAGACUGACGCUCAAUAGACAGUGUAGGUAGGCAGAGAAGGACUGCAGAUAAACACAGAAUACAUAGAGAGGAGAUAGGGCACGAAAAGGAAGGCAUCUCUGAAGCAAAGAAAGUUGCGCUUUGUGGAAGUUAAGCGGGUGGAUGGCGGUAUUGAUGGACAGAGCAACCAACAGUAGGAUGCAGUGAUGUCUGGGAUGGAGGAAGAGAACGAAGCGGCGAAGGAGUGGAAAAGCUUGGUCAGAAUGAAUGAGCAGGAUAGAGUAAGCCAAGCCUCUAGUCUGGCCACAAUCUCUGCUUUUCCUGUCCAUGGCAAGGGCGGUGAUGGUAAAUUGCAGACUUUUGGGAAGAGAGGUAGAGCUGUGAAGAGAGACCCUAACUGUCCAGUGGUGAUCAGGGGCUGGCUCUGCAAGCAGGACAGCUCAGGAUUAAAGUUGUGGAAAAGAAGAUGGUUUGUCUUGUCUGACUUUUGUCUCUUUUAUUACAAAGAUAGUAGGGAGGAGUCCGUUUUGGGUAGUAUUCCUCUCCCCAGCUACAAUAUUCUCUUCUGUACUCCUCGUGAAUGCAAAAACAGAAAAUAUGCCUUUAAAGCAGUGCACCAGGGAAUGCGUUCCUACAUCUUCAGUGCUGACACGCAGGAGGACAUGCUGGGCUGGGUCAGAGCUCUCAGCCAGUCAGCCUGCAUGGAAAUGGAGAGCUCCCUCAACAGGCGUUGUUCGAGUUAUCAGGAUUUCACAAGAAUCAGGAGCAGCAGCGAGUCACUGGACCUUCCUGAAACACCUGCUGUCAGAAAUGGCCCAACACAGUUGAGAGUGCACAGCAACGGAUCCCAGAAUGAAGCGAGCCCACUGGUGGGAGGAAGAAUGGGAACGCCACAACUGGAACAGAGGGGGAAGCAAAGGAGCAUGAGACAGAGUCCAUCACCAAGAACUUCGACUCCGACAAACUCCGCUGGGCAGUCGAGGCGUCGCCAGUCCCAUGCCCAGGAGGCUGCUGAGCAAGACAGCCUCCCCCUGAACUACCCUCAUCAAACACCACCCCAAACCAUGAAAUCCACGGGAUCCGCACCACUGACCCCAAAAGGUCAACUCGGGUCACGACCCCAUACUCCUGUGGGCAGGGUUGACAUUCGACCGCAGGAUGACCUGCUUUUAACACCGCAGUCUAUAGGCUCUGCCCCACCAUCCCCCAGGCUGGAUUUCAGCCCCUGUUCCCUCACUCCUACCCCAGAGAAAAGGCACACUCUUAACAGGCCUACUCCUGGGUAUUCCUCCCCACACCCCAUCAGCACAGCGAGGAGAGCUGCAGGAAAGGCCUGCUCUCCGGGGGGGCAGGCUGGCUUAUUGCCUCCAUUGCCCCCUCCAAGAAUUGCCCCUGUCCCUCCCCCACCUCAAUACCACCAUCAUCAUCGCAGCCAUAUGUCUGUUUGUCCGCUACAGCCAGCUAUGCCUGCGACCUCUGACCUCUUCCAGGAGAGAGAUCAACAGCAGUUGAGGACCCCAGAGAGUGAAGUUGAUGCUGUGCUGACUAGGCUGUGUGGCUGUGACAAGCUGCUUCAGUCUCUCUCAUUAGAAAUUGCCCAGCUUCAAGCAGACAAGGACAAUGUGCAGUGUGCUCUGGAAAUGGCGAGGCUGCAAUUGGAGGAAUGGAAGGGUCAAGGGUUCAAAGGUCAAUGUAUCAGAGGGAAAGAGGGGUUAUUAUCCCAGAAAGCUUUCCUCCAGGAUGACCUGGUCACUAUCAGGGCCAGAAUGUGUGAUGUAUCAAUGGAAAUGGAGAGAGUGUGGAGCCAGUAUGAACGGAUGGAGAGUGAGCUCUCCGUCCUCCGUUCACACCUCCAGCAUAUCUGUCGCUUUGGAAGGCCCCAGGAGCAGUCCCAGGCACAGAGGGAACUGUGGAUGAUGGAGGAUAUCCUCUGUGGCCUUAAGGCCAAUCGCAAUCUUUUCCGGAACAUGCUGAGGUUGCCAAGGCAAAUAGUGGCCUCCCCAAUUCUACAAAAGUCAGUCCUCCACCCUGGAGCCCCAGGUUCACAGACAGAUGGGUUGCAGAAUGAUGCAUCCAUGGGGGUGGAGUCAGAACCCCCACCCCGCCCCCCUUUGCCUCAGGAGCUGCAGGGGAUCAUUCAGGACAGAGAGGUGGAGCAAGGCUGGCUGGAAAGCGAAUCAGAAUUGGAGGGUCUCUACGGCGGUCUGUCCCCCCAUCAUCGGUCAGAACAAUUCGGAGACAACCCGUCUGUCCUGUCUAGAGACAGGAAGCUCUCAGAUACCAUGCCAGGCACUGUGCCUGGUCUUACUGCCUCCAACUGGUCGACACCAGACACUACAAUCAAGAGGGUGAGAAUGAGCGAAGAGGAGCAGAGAGAGAGGAUCAAAAGAAACCAAGAGAGGCUGGCCAAUCAGAAAAAAGCACCGACAUCCAGCCCCACCAAUCACAGCCAGUCUCAACAGCCGUCUCCUCCCAGAGAAGAGCCCCCCUUUCCUCUCAGAGUGACACGAGUCCUCACUGCUGUCCUGCCAUCUGCUCUGGUUGCCAGGCGUGUGUCUGUCGAGGACCCUCCUCACGAGCUGGCCACUCCAUUGCCUGAGCAAAUAUCUCCUGGGAUGCAUCAAUUAGUUCCUGAUCAGAACAAAAAGCCACACAGGAGACACAGAGAAAUGUUUCUUGAGAAGCGUCACCAGAAUUCUCACAGAAUAGCAACAGAAGUAAUGAAGGAUGGACACGGCCAAAGUCUGCCCUGUGAAGAGCUGUCAUCAGAAAUGACUGACCACCAAUCAAAGUUGUCUCAUCCAGCUAGGGAAUUGCCUGUUCAGAACCAGCACAUGACUGCUAUAGAGGAUGGCUCUUCUUCAUUACCUAAGUCCACUAUGAGCGAGAUACAAGGAGCAACUGAAAAAUCUGUACUCCCAGAGGCAUCCAUUAUAGAGCCUGAAAAAUCUGUGCAACCACGCAGAAGUGACUGGUCAGUAUCAGGAAAUGGAAGUUUGCCCCCUAACCUUAGACCUAGAGACGAAGACGGGUGUCGUGGAUUUACUGGCAAUGAGAGAAGGGAAAAGGUCAGAGGGCGCACCUCCUUUCUGGUUUCUGACCUUGAUGUUGACCCUGACCUCUGCCUGACGCCAGAACAGAGGGAUGCAAAACUAAAACGAGUGGAGAGAAUCAGGGCGAGAGUAAUCAGGAGUGCAGUCAGAGAGAGCAAUAUGCAGCCCAACACUCCACAGACCGGCGACUAUAUCGAGAGAUUGAUGAAACACUCCUCCACCCUACCUAACAAAGCUUUGAAAAAGCAAAUGGCAGCUGGAUCAGGAGAUUCAGAGGUAUGCUGCUGUGCUGAAGGAGUGGACUGUGAUCACUGUUGCCAUAGUUACAGGGAUCCUGACCUUAGCAUUAAUGUUACAACUAAACCACACCCCUCCAGAGUCCCAACUCUUAAUUUUAUUCAGGUAGAAAGAAACACAGAUAGUGAGAAUUCUGAUUGUGAUUCUAAGCAGGUACCCCUUAAAGGUGACUGUGGUAAUACUGAUAUCAGUAGUUGGCACCAUAAAGGCGUGACCCAGAAACACUUCAUUUCAACCAAUCAUAUCACCAAACUUACUGUGUUUCCAACCAAUAGGAGCAUAGAAUCCACUCAGGAGGCACAAAGUUCCUGUCCAUUCCAUUGUGUCACAAAAAAGGUAGAGGAACUCACAGGCAAUCUAAAUGAAAUCCCAAUUUUGCCUACCAAUCCGAGGGCAGAAUGGUUCCUUUCCACCAAUCAGAUGGUAGAAUGUAUACCUUUCAUCAAUCCCAAAAUAAAACCAGCCUCCAGUGAAAAUGCCACAUCAGAAGACCAUAAUGAUACAACCUGUGACUUUACAAUUGAGCCCACAGUUACUGAUGCUUCCUCAGAGAGUCUAUUGUCUGCAGCCAAACAAAGUGUGGAAAGUUUAGAGGAGGAUGCAUCAAGUACAUUUCCAGAUGCUUCUGAGCAAAUCGAAGGCACAGGAUUGAAGACCACAGCCAUUCAUCCCUCAUCUCCUAAAAACCUGCCUAAAUCCAAUCACAGGCCUAUCCUGAUCAAAUUAGCCAAUGAAACAAAAGAAUCAGAUCAUCCUGACUCAGACAUAACAGAGGAGGUAACAUUAUUUGCCAGUCAGAAAAAAGUACUGGAACAAACAACCGGCAAGAAUGAGGAGUCCCAGAAACUGGCCGGUGCUUUGAAUAAAGAGCACAAGUCUCCAGCUAAUAGCGGGUGCGAUAUCGCUGAUAUUGAGGAGCGUAACACGGCAGAAUGUUUGCCAAAACAUAUAACUCCAUAUGCCACAAUCAAUUUUGUACCUGCUGUUGGCUCACUCUUAAGCACUGAGCCUCAAGGUCCACCGCUGGUUGAUCAGAACGUAUGUCCAGCUCUCUGUGUCAAAAAUAAUUCCCAUCCCUCCUCAAAAUCAACACAUGAGUUACACAUUUAUGAGGAAAUAGCCUAUGGUGCCACGUUACAAGCUAAUCAAAUCCAAGAAUGCCCAGUGGCAGUUAAUAAUCUCCCCACAUCUAAUCCCCCCUUGUCCGAACACACCAAACACCUUCCCACCGAUUUGCCAGGGCAUUCUGCUUCAUCCAGUCAAGGUGCUAAGGCAGUAAUGGAAACAGGAAAUGGACUAUCCAUUGAGGCUGAGCUAGAGGGGACCAGUGAGAAUGUAGAAUUAUCAGAGAGGAAGGGAAAGGAUGUCCGUCUUCGAAGGGAUGAAGUCAAUCUGAACUCUAAGCUAAAGAAUGGAAAAGACAAUCGGAGCUCCCCUUUUAUUCAGGCAAGAGUUACUGUGGUGAGGACCAGUUUAUAAAGAAGGGAGAGGGCUGACGAGAGUAAGAGAAACAGAAUAAUGGAAUGGAUGGUGCAUGUAUGUCGAAGAAGAAAAUGUGUAAGUGACAGAGUGAGAAUGGGAGUGAGACACAGUGUGAAGAGUGGACAGUUACAAUAGACUAGGAGGAGACUCAAAGCAACCUAAUUGACAAUGCAGUGCAAGAAAGGCAUUAAGAGAGAACUGGCAUGAGGUGGCAAUAGGAACCUACAUAGUUUCUGUCCUGAAUUUUUCAGUUUCAGGAACAUGUGUACAGUAAGGAUGUUAUGCCAACAUUUAUUCUACAAUACUCUGAAUACAUUGUGGUUUAUUGCAAACAUUGAACCUCUACUGUAUAUUUGAAAACAGGUGAUACCACAAUGGAGAGGAAGUACAAGAAAUGUCAUUACCAUAUUUGUACAAAUGAAUCUGACACAUCAGCGGCAGACUAUAAACUUACUUAAAUGAUUGUUAUGCUUAAUUCCAUUAUAAUUCCAUUAUUGUUUGCAAUAGACAUAUAUUUGCAUGUUUUUUUUAGAAUGAAAUACUUUCACCAAUAACCUAGAUUUUAGUUACUGAAACAUUGUGUUUCUGAUGUGUUAAUAAAUAAACAUUUUCUAUUCUAGUCUGCCUUUUAGACUUACACACUGCUUUUUAGACUUGGGCUGAUACUUCUGUGGUACUGUUGCUAAAGACUUGUCUAUUGUUUUGUGUAUUUGGUAUAUUUAUAUUUUCAUUUUUAUUCAUUUUACAUGUUCAUUUGUGUGUGUUUAUAUAAUGCCUUUCCCAUCGCAAUCUCUCUCUCUCCUAAUUGAGAGAGUGGUUUGAUGCGGUACUUCAUUUCAAAUAAAGCGAUGUCUCUUUAAAUUCUUUCCGCGUCUAUGUUAAUGACAUCAUCGUCCAAAAAUACAUUACAUCAUCUCUUUCUGGACACCACUGCCUUUAAGACAACCGCGCCUUAUUCCUCAAGUGUCGGCCGAUUUAAAUCUGUAUUGGCUUUGACCAAUAUAGAUACAUCCCCCAUUCGCUUUUAACUGGAAGCGCUCAUUUAACCUAAAUUGUGGAUUGGCUAAAGAAAAUCCACCACAUCAAUUGGCUGUUUAACAGAAUGGGAUUGGUGGAACAGAGAAAGCGGGUAAUCCGGUUUCUGAAUUCUUUUUUUACCAUCGGUGCGCUGCUAAUUAAAUUACUGUUCCACCUACAUAC